GUAAAUUGAUGUUAUCAAAGUGUAAAUAGUGUUGUGUGUUUGUUAGAAACUCCUCUUUUUCGCCACAGUGAGUUGCCAGUAGUUGGGUAGGCUCGAUAGUUGUGUCUGUAUCCGCCUCGGUGACUUCAUACUUCGGCAUGUAGCUUCGUGAACGGACUCAGCGCGAGGACUUUCCACGAUUUAGCAACCCAGCCCAACAGUGUCCUUCUGCUGUGUGUGUGUGUGUGUGUGUGUGUGUGUGUGUGUGUGUGUGUGUGUGUGUGUGUGUGUGUGUGUGUGUGUGUGUGUGUGUGUGUCUGUGUGUGGAACACAUUCACACUCAGCUGUGAGACAUGGACCCGGACACUUUCAUCUACGACGUGCCGCCGAUUGUCAUGGAGACUUUCUGUAAAAUCAUGGACGGAGGAGACGACAGGUUCGGAUGGCGAGGACUGGCCAUCCGAAUCGCCCCCACUUGGUUAGAAGUCCACAUGUUGGAGCGUCUGGAGGCAGCGGGUCGGAGUCCCACCAGGGAGCUGCUGUGGUCCUGGGCCCAGCAGAACUACAGAGUUCAAGACCUGCUGAAGGUUCUGCAGGACAUGGGCCACCAUAGGGCCCUGCAGCUCCUCAACGAUCACAUACAAAAGCCGCAUCUUCCACCUGUCAGCCAAAAAACAGAGACCACAGAGCUGAUGUCAGCCAGUAAGACAAAGGAAUCCUUCCAAUCAGUGGAGAGAUCAAGUCACGUACAGAGUCUCAACGAAAUGCCACCCAGCAUCACUUUUCAGGAUGUCGCUGAGGCAACCAGAAAUUUUCACACUGACAUGAGAAUCGCAGAGGGAUACUUUGCUGACGUAUACAGAGCACAGAAGGGAGAUCAACUAUUUGCGGUGAAGCUCUUUAAGCAGACAAAUGGUGUGUCCUGGAAGAAGCUGUGGAAUCUGUUCAGACAAGACAUGGAGGUUCAUCAUUUCAUCAAACACCCAAACAUCCUGGACUUGUGGGGCUGCUUUUCUGAGGAGGACCGUUAUUGUCUGGUCUAUCCUUACCUUCCAAAUAGAUCCCUGUUCCACAGACUGCACCACCAGGAUGGACAACCCUGCCUGUCCUGGCAGCAGCGUCUAAAUAUCAUUAAAGGAAUCGCAAAGGCCUUGCAUCACCUUCACAACGCCCAGCCCUGCCCCGUGAUCUAUGGUAACAUGCGCAGUUCUAAUAUACUUCUGGACAUCAACUUAAUGCCCAAACUGUCUGAUUUUGGAUUGGCUCGACUCCGUCCUCACUCUGCAAAUCACAACUUCACCAUCACUUUGGUGACCAGUUUGCACAGCAACAUGGGCUACCUUCCAGAGGAGUACACCCGAACUGGAAGACAGUCCUUCAGCCUGGACGUUUACAGCUUGGGAAUGGUUAUAAUGGAAACAAUAACCGGACGUAAAGUCAUAGAGGAUGUUCCUAAAAAGACAUUUCUGAGAGAUUUACUGGUCUCGGAGGUGGAGGACAGUGGAGGUGUGGACUCCUGUCUGCAAUUUUUGGACCCCACAGCCGGACAGUGGCCAUCGGCCGUGGCCCUUAAACUUCUGAGCCUGGCACUCGACUGCACUGCGAGUCACCACCGCAGCAGACCCAACAUGGAGAACGUACUUCUGACCCUGAGUCCACUGCUUCCUCCGCCGAGCUGUCCCCAUGGCGACCAGCCCCGCAGCCUGGAUGAUGGAGCUCAGUUCAGUCCCCCCUCCUCCUCCUCCUCCAUCCCUGUGGAGCAUGAUGAACAGUGCACCCCCCCUGGUUCUUUGACAGCAGUGGAACCCUGUGAGUGCAGCCAGUCAGAGGUGACGUACCUGAGCGCCCAGAGUGAGGAGGCAGUGGAUCUGUACAGCAGCUGGCCCGUACAGUGCAGCUGCUCAGCUGCUCUGACCUGUGACGACUGCAGAGCCAACGGCUUCACACCCUCCUCUCUGCAGAGUAGGUGAUUUCUGCACAGUGGAAAAUCCAGCCAAGGAGAGACUGAGGACUAAGAUAAGUCUGUACGACAGAGAACAGAUUAACACAGAGGAGCUGUUCUCUAUGACGGAGCCGCUGUAAAGAUCACACUUCCUGUUCAGUCCUUGCAGCACAUCACAUUGUAUUCUGAUUUUCAUGUUUGUGUGUUCUGCGUUAGCAACCGCUGUUCCUACUGAGGCCUGCGAUUUCACAACAUCACUCAUUACAAAACACCAUGACUUCAGAUGAUGAAACCUCAGAUGUGGUUUUACAUUUAGAGUAAUAGUACUUAUGAUAUUCUCACACUUUUCCCCAUGUGACCAGAUCCUGUGAGAGAAAAAAAGUUGUUCAGCAUCAAGAGACAUCUUAAGGUCAAAAACAUGGUAGAGACACAGAGGUAAAAGUUUUAGUCUCCAAACACCAGUCUAUAGAUUAGAUUGUACACAUAUGUCUGUAUAGAAAGCAAACACAGAAGUAGUAGAGUGACUUUAAUUUAUUUGUAAUAUUAUACAUUUUCAUGAUUUUGGGAUUUUGACAGCUGAAUGCAUGAAGUUAAAAUUUAGAACUGUAGAAUUUUCCUAAUUUAACUAUUAAAUUCCCUGACUAUUGUCAUUAUCUGGACAGACAUUGAUGUAAAGUGAGACUUCCCUGGUUCACAGAGACAACUGCAGGCACUGAUUCCUGUUUUGUUUUUGUUUUUUUUAAUUAUUGGAUGAACUGAUCUUUGCUCUGAGAGUCUUCCUAAAUCCCCCUGAACUCAGACUCCCAGAAAUGUUCAGGUGGAUGUUGGAGUUUGUCUGCAUUUGUAAAUACAGGCCAGGAUGUAUUAAAAUUUCAUCAUUAUUGUCAUUUAUUACAAUCACUCCAUAUAAUAUAUUUAUCAUAACAACUCAUCAUAAUUAUUUCACCAGGAUCAUAUCAUUUUCAUCCAGUUACCGUAGCCAUAAUUCUUGAAAAAUGCACUUAAGAUUUUGACAACAAAUGAACAAUAUGUUCCUUAAAGGCAGCUUUAUGUAGUAUUUGUGCUUUCAAAAAAUAAAAAGUGACCUAAAAGUAUCAUUUGAGUGUUUAGAAUAAAGCGCAUAUGCCAAAAAUGCCUUUGUAUUGGAUUGUAGAGAUAUGAACUAAAUCUGUGGAUCUGUGGAUUUAUGACCACUAAAGGGAGUAGUGAGUCACUCUAUUGGUCUACCAUGGUGAACACCACAGGGCCUUUGACCAAAGCAUCAGAAAGUAACCAGAUGAGAACCGCUAAGAAACAACUUUCAGAGUCAGAGAAACUGGUGUGGAAGUGAUAACAUCUAGAAGCGCUGUUGUGGCUUUCACCACUGGACACAGCUCUAAAUGAAAAGAAUUUAGUUUGAUGCUAAAAUCACAGCAUUUCUUCCACAUGUGUGAGGUUCAUUAUGACGCUUAUGAAGGUAUAAAGUUAUGAUGUGAUUGUAAAAACUGUGUAGAAUGAUUUAAAGGGCUGGUUUAGACAUUUAAAGCUUCUGCAUUAGCCCACAGUCAUGUAUGAAGAGGUCAGAGAUUAAGUUUGAUGAUUUUAUCACAGUUUUCAGCACAAUUCAUAACAGAUUUCCUCCCAUGACUGAUAGAGAUGAUGAAAAGCUUAAAACAACACCAAUGAUUAAAUUAACAACGUAAUCAAAACAAACUACUCUUUGGGAAAUAUAAUGAAAUAACUACAACAUGCUCAAAUCUGCUAAUAUGCUAAUCCAGUCAGUGGACUAAAAUCAGUCUCGCCCGGGCCACAUGCUCCAUCAGAGAAAGGAAAAGGCUGGAGCAGAGGCCUCAUAAAGGGGUGGGCGUGGCCUGAUAGGUGAGACCAGGUCCUGCCCCUACACUAACAGGAAGUGCCGUUUUCAAGAGUGAUGUUAUUAUGUUUGCGAGUUUCUGUCUAAAGACACCUAUCGUGUCAACUUGCAGCUGACGCAUCACAUGAACAUUAUGGUAAAUGGAUUCAGACUUAUAAACCACAUUUCUACCCUUAUGGUACUCAAAGUGCUUUACACUGGGUCACGUUCAUUCAGUGAUACAGUCUGUGGAUAUAAUAAUAUUUAUUCACUGGUGGUUUUGAUAUUUAUAUGUGUAUUCUAGUAUGUGACUUCUCCCUGAUGUUGAGAGUUUAGAAUAUCAAUACUACAUUAACCCCCUUUGACAGAAAUGUAGUAAUGACCUGUAUAGAUAAAUCUCCUUUUCUACCAGGAUGUUAAGCUUAUUAUAAAAUAUGUACCUCACAAUCUCAGCUAGGAUUAAGGAGGAGAGGGAAGAGAGCUAAUGUGACAAAAUAAUAUUGCAGCACACAUUAUAUAUUCUAUACAAAGAAUGAAAUGCUUAUAUCGUGGCCUUAUUAAGUUACUGGUGUUCAAGAGCUGUGACACGGACUUGACAUGAAAUCUGUUGAGUCUGUUAUGUCAGAGUUCACAUUGUUAUUUUCAAGCCCAGUCCAUGUAAUGUCACUGUCAUCUUCAUUUUAUGCAUUAAUAUAUACAUUUAAAAUACAUAAUAAACUUUUUAUUGAAU